UACAAACGUUAGGGGGAUUGAAGUCGUCAAGGAACAUGCUUGUUGAUGAACAAGUGGCAAUGUUUUUACAUAUCAUUUCCCAUUACCUUAAAAAUCGAGUUAUCAAGCAUCACUUUAAUAGGUCUGGGGAAACUGUUAGCAGAUCAUUUCAUAGUGUUUUAAAUGCUAUCAUACGCUUACAAUAUGUGUUAUUUAAAAAGGCAGAGCCAAUUACAGCUAAUUCUUCAGACACAAGGUGGAAAUGGUUUAAGGUAUUGGACUGAGUUUUAUAUAUAGCUUGUACAUAAUUUAGUUGAUUUAGAUUUAAAUUUAGUAUCCUAACUCAAGGUUUUAUAACAUGUGAUAUAUAAUUGCUUAGGUGCUCUUGAUGGAACCCACAUCAAGAUUAGGGUUCCAACAGUUGAUAAACCUAGAUAUCGAACGCUAAAAUGUGACAUAGCAACAAAUAUGUUAGGUGUUUGUACACCUGAUAUGCAAUUUGUUUAUGUUCUUCCUGGUUGGGAAGGUUCUGUUGCUGAUGGACGGGUUCUUCGAGAUGCCAUUAGUAGGAGACAUGGACUAAAAGUUCCUCAUGGUUGUUAUUAUCUAGUUGAUGCUGGAUACACAAAUUGUGAGGGAUUUCUUGCACCUUUUAGAGGACAACGAUAUCAUUUGAAUGAGUGGCGUCAGGGUUAUCAGCCAAGUACUCUGCAAGAAUGUUUUAAUAUGAAACAUGCCUCAGCACAUAAUGUUAUUGAAAGAUGCUUUGGGUUAUUAAAAAUUAGAUGGGGAAUACUUAGGAGUCCAUCAUUCUAUCCUGUAAGGGUGCAUAAUAGAAUCAUUAUUGCAUGUUGUUUGCUCCAUAAUUUUAUUCGAACCCAUAUGAGUAUUGAUCCUAUUGAAGCAGAGGUGGGAGAAGGAUUACCUAGUAAUGUGGUAGAUGACGAUGAACUGAAUAUCGUAAAUAUUCAUCCAUCGGAUGCAUUGGCUACUUGAAGGAUGGAACUAGCCAACCAAAUGUUCGAUGAAUGGCAAGCAUCUAGAAAUUAGUUAGGUUUAGGGACAAAAUGAGUUUGAGUUAAUUUGUUUAUGUUAUUUUAUGUAUCUAGUUUGUGAAACUUUGGUGGUGUUUGAA